AUGGCAGAGCUAUCAUCUGGUAAUCCUCAAUGCACAGCUGAAUUAAUUGCUGAAGGAACACUAGGUCUGUUUCUCCGUCGAGACAAAUUCUUCCGCAUCCCAACUCCAGAGACUAUCAAUGUCACCAAUUACAGAGACAGCAUACACCAGACUCUUGAGACUGCUAUGAGUCGCCUUCUGCAAAACAAGACAGUGUCAGGAACACAAGAAAUUGCUGACCGUGUUGCACAAGCUGCCGAAUAUCUAGCCGACGGAUGUUGCCUGAUGACAUACAUGAAGGAGAGAUUAGCUGCUGCAGAGAAGGAUGUUCUUGUUUCUAUGGUGAAAAUUGCACAACAACGUCGAAUGGAAGGAUCCAAAGGAGUUUGGAGAAGCAGAAGCCAGUUCUUGGAGAAGGUGUUAGAUUGGCAUUCAAAUCGGGAAGCAGUAUUCGAGUUGAUCAAGAAUAGUGCUACAGAUCGAGAGAAACUGGUCCGGUUAACAUAUGAACACCCAGAUUACUCAUCGAGCUAUUCGUUCAAAUCUUAUGAUGAGGACUGGGUAGUAACAAGCAUGGGUGACAUGUCUAAAUCCAAUGCAAUUCUUGCUGUUGAUUGUGAGAUGUUGAAUGUGAAGAUGGAACAGAGCCGAACUGAGAUUACUGGAAUCACUGCACAGGAUUUGGAAGGAGUUACAUGUUCGAUAAUGGAUGUUCAGAAAUCGCUGGAAAACCUAUUGUGCAACGGAACUAUAUUGAUUGGUCACAGCUUGGAUUGUGAUUUGAAAGCAUUGAAACUGGAUCAUGGACGGGUUAUUGACACAUCACUAGUCUUCAGACGUGCAGAUGGUGCUGCAAUGAAACUGGUGAAGAAUGUGCUGGAAAAAGGAUAUGAUGAAGCCAUGAAGGUAUUUAGUGAUUAUCUGUCAAAGCAGCUUUUUCUUUACAGGAUACCAGUUUAUUUAUCUGAAGAAGAAUUGCGUGUAAUAGUACGGAUGGACUCUGCUGUUGUACUUAAACUGAGAUACCAACAGAGAGCAAAAUCUUAUUCUGCUACUGCCCUUUUCAAAGAUCAAGAUGAGGCAAAUUACACGUUUCGAAGUAUCAAAUCCGAGGAAGUAAAGGAUACAAAUGGUCUGCAACAGAAAGUUAUCCCAGUUCAACCUAAGGAUAAGAAGUGUGCUAGUGGCUGUAUUCAUGUUCGUAAAAUGGUUAGAGAUGAUGAAAGUCUUGUACCAGAUUAUUCUUUAAGAAAGAGACAGAUCAAAGAAGCUGUAGCACCCAGCAAUGAAGAGCUGCAGAAGAAUUCAGAUUGCCUGAAACGCGGAAAAAUAAUUCAAUUACUGCAAGAACAACUCCAGUACUGCAAAAAUAACUCCAAAUACUGA